GUUUACCACCAGAAAAUCUGUAACCUGUGUCAGAAAAUGAGAAACAAAAAUGAACUACCAUUUUCAUUUGCAGUGCAUUCCAGGUAAUCUCAAGCAGAGGCAAACAUUUGAACAAGGAAGCAUAGACGCACAGAGCUGAGCAUGCUGGGAGCACACAAUGGCUUUGCAGAUUCGUAUGGAAACACUCCUCUGCACUAUGCUGCUCAUGCUAACAACAUGGGACGUGUGAUUGAACUUCUAAACGAUGGAUGUAAUGUGCUGCAUCAAAAUGGGAGUGGUCUCACUCCUUUGCAUUUUGCAGCUUUUGGGGGCUGCAUUGAAAUACUAGAGCAUCUUCUCACUGUGGUUCCUCAUAAUAUCAACCUCAAGAGUAUCAAGAAUUCAACCCUCCUCCACGAGGCUGUCCGUGGCAAGAGCAUUGAAGUGGUUAAAUUUCUUAUAAAAAAUGGAGCCAAUGUAAACAUUCAGGAUCAGGAUGGUAAUACUCCGUUACACCUGUCUGGGUCACUGAAGCCGGCUCAAAUGGCAGUUAAUAUCUCCCAGGCUCUACUGGAUGGAGGAGCAGAUCCUAAAAUCCAAAACCGGGCUAGAGAGAAUUUCUUCUUCAGGAUUGUGAGAGAGGCAGCAAUGGAUAAUUCUCAUAGCUCACAGCAUCUCAUUUUACUGGCUCUUAAAUACCCAUUGGAUUUGCUAUGCCGAAACUUGGAUGGUUUUACUGUUCUGGAUGUGGCCAGAAAUUAUGCUCUUCCUCAUGAUGUCAUCAUGACUAUACAGGAGAUGACCCAGGAGCAACAAAAACUACUCUUGUUUAAUAGACACCCCCAAAGGACGCAGAGUCUUCCUACUGGCAGACUUGUCAGUCCUAAUGAAUCUCCACCUGACAGACGAUUUUCUAGACCCGAGGGUCUUUCUUCCUCUUCAGAUUCCUGUGUUAGACUUGGAAGGAGGAUAAAGCUUUUUGUCUGUGGACACAGCGGAGUAGGAAAAACUACCUUCACCAACACUCUCAAAAGUACAGGGUUAAUCUCCCAGCUUCAUUAUUACCUUGGCAGUAAUACCCCUCCAUCCACAAAAGGAGUUUCUCUAUCACACACAGAGCUGGAAGAUGCCUCGGUUGUUAUCUGGGAUUUUGCGGGUCAAAUGGAGUAUUACUUCACACAUUCCCUCCUACUCAAAACCAGUGGAGCCAACACAGUUUAUUGUGUAGUCUUUAACUUGGAGGGUAUAAUGAGUGACCAUAGUGGAGGACAGAGUCAAACUAUUGACCAGAUAACUUUCUGGCUACGAUUUCUGAGUGUAACUUCCAACAUUAAUUCAUGCCGUCACCUCAUCCUAAUUGGAAGCCACUUUGAUAAGCUAAGAGAAGAGAGCAGAUUAGAAAUAGCAAAUUGUUUCUACUCCAGUGUAAUGAAACAGGAGCUAGAGCUGUUCAAAUGUUUCAAAAUGCAGUUUUUUCCUAUGAACUGUAGUAGUUUGAAUGAUAUGCAACCAAUAAGAGGAGAACUAAGAAACAUUUCCAAUCAAAUUCUACAGGACAGCAUAGCUGAUACAAUGCCUCACAUCUGCCAGUAUGUUAUGAAACAAGUGAGGCUGCUGCUCGGAGAGAAGAUACGGUUCCAGGACUGGAAGAACUUUAGUGCGUCUGUUGCACGGGGUCUGUCUGAACCACUUUGCACAAAUAGAUUACUAACUGCUGUGGAGUAUCUACACAACAUCUCUGAGUUGUUGUAUCUGCCAUGUUGCUCUAGAUCAACAAAAAAACAUACCCUGAAUCCUGACUCCUCCCUUAACCCUGUCCACACAUCUCAGGAUGUGGCAAAUGAUUUGUCUAAUAAUGUUAGUGCAACUUGCUUAGACAUUAGGUUCUGUAUAUGUCCCUCUGGCAUACCAACUCCAACUGGACUAGUUAUUUUAGACCUACCAUGGCUACUGAAAGAUAUAUUUGGAAGGUUUGGUAACUUUUUACUUAGCCCAGCUUCAGGACGAGAGAAAGAAUGCUGGAGCCUCUCUGAGGUGGAGUCAGCCUUGGAGCUUCAAGAUGGUGAAGGUGACAUUCAGACUGUUCUACAAUUGCUGGAAACACUGGAGCUGUUGUUACAGACCUCUGAGGGGUAUUAUGUAGUGCCUGCUUGGUUGAAACGUGGGGGUCCUACAGAACACCUGGAAUGGAAAAAUUUAAAAGGAGUGGUCUAUCACUGGCAAGAGACAAGCAGGGGACUUUUUAACCAGUAUCUUAUUGGACAGCUCCAACUCUGGCUUCUACGUCAGUUUGGAUCACAUCGGUGUCACCUCUGGAGAGAGGGAGCCCAGUGUGUUGCAGAAGCCAUGAUAAAAAUGGAGAUAUCAGAAGACAGGCGGUCUUUGUUCCUGACUGGGGGAUGGGACAAGGAGUGCAGUGAGGGAGCAUGCUAUGAGCUCUUAGAGAUGAUAGGGACAGAGGUGGAAUGUUUGCUCAGAAAGUGUCAAGAUCAAGUUUGGGAAAAGCUGCAUCUAAUUCCUAGAGAACUGCUUGCAAUAAGUAGUGAUGUAAAAAUAGAUCUCCAAAGUGGCAAGGCCUUUAGGGUAAGAAGAUUAUCAUUGGGCAGAGGUAAGGCUGAAGGACUUAGUGGUUUUAGCUGGGAGCAGAUAUUGAAGGCAGAGCAGGAAUGUACAAGUCUUUAUGGGAAAUAUGUGGAAACAAAGCCAUGGGAAAUUUUGUUUCCCCAGCAUGACCACAGAAUGCUUUACCACCUGGGAAGAAAGUGCAGCAUCCGCUGGAUAGAUGGCAGUACACUGGCUAACCUUUGCUCAAUGCUAGAUACCUCUCACCCCUUGGGCCUAGAUUGGAAAAGGCUUGCUCAGGAGCUCGGAGGAGCCUCCUGUUCAGUAGUUGAUGAGCUUAAUGAUGAAGCAAUUCGCAAAACUGUUUCACCAACCCGUUUGGUGAUAGACAAAUACUCACCGUCAGUGGAAAAGCUGUUCAUUGCCUUAAAGCAAAUGGAGAGGGAGGAUUGCCAGGCUGAGAUUGAAAACAUGAUGAAGCAGUUAUGAAAGUACAGCCUGGUCGCUCUACUGACUGUAAAUGUUAAGUUUAAUUAAAAAGUACUAUUAUGGAAAAUCAGUGUUUAGUUU